AUGGUUCACUCUGAUGAUACUGAAGAUCACUGGAGCGAUGCCCCAGAGACCCUGGACGACGACCGACCCGACCUUGACGAUGCUGUUCAUCAGGAAGCUGAUAUGAUUCAGCAACACGACGGAGAUACAACAAUACGGGCAGUAGCAGUAUCUGUCGAUGCUGUGGACAAGAUUGACCAGAGCGCAGUAUCGCAUUCUUCUCGAGGAGCUUCCAUGUCCACGCCACCCCCGACCGAACCAGUGUCCGACGCUGCAAGUAUCCACAGUCUCCCCGCCGUAUACGUUACCGAACCAGACACCUCGCCCCGGCGGCCUUCACCCAUACUCACCAAUCGCGCACCUCCCAACAGUCCAGUGCCUCCCCCUUCGCCCUCGCACAGUAACAUCUCGUCCACAGCUUCUGCUCAGCAAAGAAGGCACCGACAUCGCUCGGCUGUUGAGGCUCGGUCUUCGAACAGGCUUUCAGGUUUCUUCACUAAUCUCAUACAUCGCCGUGAGCACGCGCAAGCCUCACCAGCCCCGGGAAGUGUGAGAGAAGCGUCAACGUCUUCUCCGGCGCCUCGAAACACAUCACAUUCCAGCACACCAUCUCGAUCGUCCUCACCGGCCCCGGCAAGACCGACUACGCCACCACCGCAUCUUGCACCUCCAACAUUGCAAGAACUUGGCUUGUCUUUGUCCGUCGUAACGCAAGACCUGUCGCCUUCGCACUUUAGUACAUCCCCAUGGAGUGGUGCUUUCUUAGGACCUCAUUAUUUACUCCUCUGCCAUGCACAAGGUUUGGACAUUUUGCCUCUGCAGUCUCCUCCUGCGCCACAGCCGUAUGCUCUCGUUCGGCGUGUCAGCUUUAAGAGUGUAGUGGUUAUGGAACAGCGUGGGGUGCUUGUAGCCAUAGCUGGCAGGAGAGACGGUGUCAGAGUUUAUGCUCUGGAGGAAGUGAAAAAGGCUGUUGAGUGGCGCAUGGAGGUUGAAAUUCGUCGAGAGCGUGAGCGACAACGGCGCGAACAGUCCAGGAAAUCCACUUUGGGCACCUUCGAAGUGAUUAUUCCCGGUCCUACUCGGGACUCGGGAGAUAAACUGAGGAAGGCUAGUUUAUCCACACCUCCCUUAGGAGACUCCGUUAUCAGAGGCAAGCUGGCCCGGAAGAGCUCUAUUAGUUCGACUGCCACUGCUCCCCCUAUGCCUCCCGCCCCUCCUUCAACACCACCGCUCAUUCCCCGUCGACCUACUACACGAUCUAAGAAACGACCCCGUACGAAUCCCUCAACCCCCGUGACAAACAGCGACAUCCCCGAACCUCUCGAUCAUCCACCUCCAUACGUCCAUUCACCUGAACCUUCUGUCCAUGACACACCGCCUCGGCUCAGGCCGUCGACGUCUGUGAUCUCUCUCCAAGCUCGUUCACGGAGCAGUUCUAUAUCUAACGUUCUCGCCGUUGCACCGUUUUCCCGCCGGAAUACGACUGCAAGUCAGCGCUCCCGUGACCCCGACGCAAAACCUGACAGAGAAGAAUCCAGUGACGAUGAAGCCAUCAACAUCGUAGCUGCAGGGAGUAGCGGAAGUCAGGCUCUCGACGAGCGUACUAGCGCUAUGAAUGCUAGUAAUUCGUCAGCGUCCGCGAGCGCCCCGUUGCCAUCUGGUGAUUCAUCGAUCGCACCUUCGAGCCCACGUCGAGGCCGACCCGCCAACCUUGAUCUCAGCCUCGCUCGUAGCGGAAAUAUCCUUCCACCAGAACCCUCUCCUGCACCAACGUUAUUGACUUUGAGACAAGCGCUGUCACACUCUCCAUCGACCAGAACCACACGGUUACCUCAAGAACCUGAGCCUGCCACCGCAGUCCCGGAGGAAGAGGAUGACGAGGACGAUGUAGAUGGUGAGAUAAGCCUCGCUCAAGCACUGUUUGAAAGUCGAAUACCGGAGUUGCCCCCACUUGGUUCAACGCGGCCGCAACAACCAAUUAUCAUUUCAUCUUCUCCAAACGUCCCCGCCGAAGAGGAGCCUUCAAGCCCUCGUACAUCAGACGCACACUCGUCCGUGACGUCACGCCCGGAUCCGGAGCCAACAGCGAACAGAAGACGGCGUUGGUCUCUUAUGCUUAGUUCGAACCGUAGCACUCCCUCUUCACACUCUGCAACUGCUCUCACAUCCCCUAGUUUAGCACCCUCUCCACCUCUGGUCCCCCGUGCUACCCGACACUCCCCUUCGUCUUCUUCCCUUGAUGCCCGUCUCCACCAAUCUUCUACCAGCACCCCGUCUGUGACACCUUUGCCGGAAACCCCUCCACUUCCUACCUCUAGCGCAAGUUCACCGCAAAUAUCUCAACGUUCGAGGUUUAUACCCCGGGUAAUCAGUAAUGCUCUAGCUGGUAGACGGUCAGGCGAUCAACCUUCUACUGAAUCGAAGCAUUCAGAAGCGGAGGUCUUGAGAAAGGCUUCCAACACGCCCAUGUCACCGCAGGUACCUCCGCCCAAGUUAGAAUACGUCAAGCUGCCGGGGACGAAGGGGGCUUUGAUGAUUAAGGCUGUGGAGACUGCAAAGAAGAGCUUUCUGGCGAUUCUCUGUGGAGACAACGGGGAGAAAGUCGAGCUGUUUGCAGGUACCUACCGAACAGCGCUUGGUUUAUCACGCACUUUCAUUUUACCCGACUCUCCUCGGUCACUCGAGCUACAGUUGCAAGGUGAUGAUCUCGUGGAAGUCUUCCUUGUCUUUUCGCAGAAUGUCUUCGGCCUGGAGCCGGCAACCGUUCGAGUCAGAGAAGUACGAAUUGGGAGAGCUGAACGCAGAGCAGCUAGGAGGAGAGCCAGGGAGCUUAGGAACGGCGACGCAGGAUCGAAUGAGCCUGAUGCGCCUGGGGACGAGGACACUAACGUUAACGUCAAUAUUGGAGUGUCCGUCUCGGUCCCCAGCAACAAUGCAGAUGAUUCUUCAUUGGCGACACCCAGUAGACAUCCAGACGACGUGCCCUCGACACCUAAUGAGGCAAGCAACGAAGCGACGAGCGCGUCAGCUACUUCUUCAGCCCAGGCUCACGCCGAAGAAGUCGUUGCGCUCGCUACUGCGCAUAUGGGACCAUAUACGAGCUUCCAACAAUUGUCGUUUACCCCCAAGUUUCCUCUUGCCUCGAUUGCGGACGACUACAUCAUUCCUCCCACAUAUCCUGAUUUCUUGAACUAUCGCCAAGAAUAUGAACCAGGAUCGGAUGAAAUUAGCAACAACACGGAUUUGUCCCAGGUCCAGUUCUCGCCUCCCGGACUUCCCGUGCCCGCCCCUGCUGUCCCUUCGAAGUGGUAUUAUCGGGAUCCGAAGGAUGUUGUACAUGGACCUUGGAAAGCUUCGUUAAUGCAAGCUUGGUACAAGGACGGUUUGCUACCUCCAGAUCUACCAGUCAGGCGGGAGGACACAGACUUUAUGCUUCUGAAGGACUUAAGGCUUCAAUGUGUUGACCCGACGCAGCCUUUUCAUGCCUCCCGUUCCGCAACGGCAUCAUCUGCAAGAAAUUUAGAGGCGGAGAAACCUCUUCUACCCCCGAUAUCCUUGUUAGCCCAGCCUCGGCACUUCGGUCCUCCAGCCUUAUUUUAUUCCUCCCGUGGAGGCCAUAGUACUGCGAUCGUGGACAAUCGCGGACGAUCCGUACUGAAGGGACGCUUCGUUUGGAGUGUUGAUGAAGAAAAUUCUUCAGUUAAUUUCUCUGGACGCAUGGGUGAUAUUAAGCGUCUGGAGGCCUUUGACGUUCAAGACCGUUCCGUCUUGAUUGCUAUGCGACAGGGUGGUUUGGAGGCUGUUGACCUAAGCGAUGCCCUUCUAAAACCAGGGGACGAGUCACGAACAACGAUACCCAACUUCGACCCACCUCCCUCUAACGUCAAUCGACGUGGACCCUUUGUAUGGAAAAUUGGUACUCCUGUCGCUUCUUCGUCGGACUGCUCGUCGAGUAUUCUGUCCUCGAAGAUCAAGCCGAGCCAUACUAUAAUUCCCGGAAAGCGACAGACUCUGCAAUCACGAUCCCCUGCAGGCAGGAGCGAAUUUUCUAUACAUGAUGCAGACAACGAACCGCACGAGGAAAUGCUUUUUCUGGGCCGGAAAGAGGACGAGAUCUACAUCUGCGAACGCAAUUCAGGCACUUUCCGGAUUUUACGACUUUGUCCAGCACAUCACGACGCUCCAUUUGUUCCGUUUUAG